UCGGCCGGGCAGGUCCGAGCCGCAGCGGGGGAACCGAGAGCCCGGGAUCUCGGGUCCCACCCAGGAGGCGCUGGGCCUCGGGCAGUCCGCGGUCACGCCGGCAUCCCUCCGUCCCUCCCCGGGGGCCUCAGGCUGUUCCUGAGGCAAGAAGAGCAUCUCUCUAGUUCCGAGUUUGCGUGGAAACCAGCCUCAGGCUCCACCUGUUCUCAGGGAUCCGUGGAUUUCCGUGUGACCAGAGCCUGGCCUGCGUGCACUGUAGGGACGAGGGGAGGAGCAUCCGGGUUCUCUGUCUGAGUCACAGGAUGGCAGCCAUGGUUCUGUCCCCCACUUGCGCUCAGUCUUCCCUGUACUCAGUCUCUCCUCAAAAACGAUGCACAGAGGAGGAAGGGUUGGUUCAUGGCUUCCUGACAAGCUGGUUACUGGACUUGGUGACCUUCGAGGAUGUGGCUGUGGAGUUCACACGGGAGGAGUGGGCACUGCUGGACCCUUCUCAAAGAACACUGUACAGAGACAUGAUGCGGGAGAACUGCAGGAACCUGGCAUCGCUGGGAAAUCAAGUUGAUAAACCUGGUCUGGUGUCUGAAUUGGAACAAGAAGAUAAAGUGAUUACAGAGGAAAUCAGAAUUCUCCCAGGCAACUGUCCAGAUUUGGAGACUCUACUUAAAGCCAAAGGGUUAACUUCUAAGCAGCAUGUUUUUAGAAAAGAACAAUAUGAAGGUGUAAAAAUGGAAAGAAAUCAUCUUGGAGUGAAACUCAAUGAAUGUAAUCAGUGCUUUAAAAUCUUCAGCACAAAAUCUAACCUCACUCAGCACAAGAGAAUUCAUACUGGAGAAAAACCCUGUGACUAUAAUCAGUGUGGCAAAUCCUUUAGCAGUAGUUCUUACUUGACUGUUCAUAAGAGAAUACAUAAUGGGGAGAAACCCUAUGAAUGCACUGACUGUGGGAAAGCCUUCAGUAAUCCCUCUUUCCUUAGGCUGCAUGUGAGAAUUCACACUGGAGAAAAACCUUACAAAUGUAAUCAGUGUCUUCAUGUCUUCCGUACUAGAUGUAUCCUUAAAAGGCGCAAGAGAGUUCAUACUGGGGAGAAUCAUUAUGAAUGUAAUCAGUGUGGCAAGGCCUUCAGCACGAGGUCUUCCCUUACUGUGCACAACAGAAUUCAUACAGGGGAGAAACCUUAUGAGUGCCACGAUUGUGGGAAAGCCUUUAGGAAGAGCUCCCAUCUGACCCAGCACGCGAGAACUCAUACUGGGGAAAAACCCUAUGAGUGUGAUCAGUGCGGAAAAUCCUUCAGCAGUAGUUUUCUCACUGUGCACAAGAGAAUACAUAAUGGAGAGAAACCCUAUGAAUGUAGUGACUGUGGGAAAGCAUCUAAUAAUCUCUCAUCUGUUAAGAAACACGUGAGAACUCACACUGGAAAACCCUAUGAAUGUAAUCAUUGUGGGAAAUCUUUCAGCAGUAACUCUUACCUUUCUGUGCACAAGAGAAUUCGUAAUAGGUAGAUAGGAACGCAGCGACUAUGGGAAAGCAUUCAUUGGUUUCUCAUCCCUCCAACAUCUUGGGAACUCAUGCUGGAUGUAGAAAUUAUCUUUGCAUAACAAAUUAGCCCCAAAACUUAGUGCUUUAAAGCAACAAACAUUUAUUAUCUCACAAUUUAUGUAGGUCAGGGGUUCAGAAAUGGAUUAGCUAUGUAAUUCUGGUUCUAGUUCCCUCACGAGGUUGCAACCAAUAUGUCGACAGAACUGAAGUCUUUAGGACUGAAGGGGUCACUUUGAAGAUUGAUUAUUCACAUGCCUGACAAACAAGUGCCAGUUGUUGGCAUGGGACCUGUGGUUCCUUGCCAUGUAGGCCUCUCUGCAGUGAUGAGUGUCUUUAUAAUAUGGCAGCAAGUUCUCCCCAAAUAAUGUGAUCCAAAAGAGCCAAUGCAGAAGCCAUAAUGUCUUUUAUGACCUAGCCACAGAAGGAUAUAUUCUCUUCAUCUGUAUUGUGUUGGUCACCCACACUGGUUCUGACUCAGUGUGGGAGGGAACUACACAAGAUAUGGAUACAAGGAGACAGAAAACGCUGGGAACCAUCUUGGAGAUCAAUCAUGACUCAGUGAAGAAAAGCUAUCAGCAGAUCCUCCUUCCAAUCCAGUCAAUAUGGAAUAGCAUUCCAUAGCCCAAGUGUUAACUCACUGUGGACAGAAACCCUAUAAGUGCCGACUUUGUGGUAAAACUUUUACCUCAUACUCUCACAGAAGAAAAAAAUUACCAACUGGGGAGAAACAGGAGGCAUGCAUUGGCUAAAGGAAAGCCUUUCGUGGUAUCUCGUGAAUCACAUGAAAUUCACACGAAGGGAAAACCCUAUGAAGAUCAUCAAAAUGGAAAACUCUUCAGAAGACACUCAUCCUUUAAGACAUACAUAAGAAAUCACACUGUACAGGAACACUGUAUAUAAGGAAUAUGGAAGGAGACAAUUGGCACUCUCGACUCUACCUUACUCUCCCCUGCUCUGUGCCUUGAGAGGUUAAUGGACUAUAUCAGUGGGCUCAUAUACCUCAGGCUUCUGUUUGGGUUGGUCAGUGGGGAGCCCAGGUAGGAGAUCAGAGGGCUAGAGGAGAGUGAGUCCACCCCACAGCAUAUCCCUGCAGGAGAAUUGGGUUCUGGAUGCUACACUUGGCCACUUUUCAGUCCCUGUAUUGCAGCCCUCUCCCCUCUUCCUACCAUGCCCCAAAUUUUCAAUAAUCACUCCCUCCUCUGUCCUUCCUUGUUCUUCUUCCAGUCAUUGAAUAUGCACUAUCCCUUUUUUGUUUCCUUACACCCUGCCUGCAAUUGUUCUGGUAUAGUGAUACACCAAUGUACUGAGAAUAUAAUGAAAGGUCUUUACCAUUUUCUACAAGGCCCCGAACAAUUCAGAUCCACUGCAGAGCCGACCUCACCUUCCACCACUCCUGUUUACUUCCUACACUAUAGUUGCCUGGUCUUGCUGUAGCCCCAUCAUCCCAGCACAGUUCAAUAUCAGGGUCUCUGUAAUGCCUAGACUGAUAUUCCCAACAU